CAAACGAGGCGAAUGUUGGCCUGGGACUGAAGAUGUCUCCACAAAAUAACUUGAGCCAAGGAUGUUAAUAAAGCAGCCGACCUGCCUUUAGAUACUGUGAGGGGGUGGCGGAGCAAGCAGUGUAAGUAGGUCCCGUUAAGACUAUUUACCUGGUCCUACCUGUGCUAUCUACCUGUGCUAUCUACCUGUGCACCCCACUCUUCUACCUUUGUCAAGCGGAUCGCUGCACACAGACAUUUCUCCCCCCUUCCAACUCACAAGCCCUCCACCUUAUACAUGAGGAGUCGUUCGCAAGCAAGGAGGGGCCUACCUUGAAACCCCCGGCGGUGGGCGGCUUGCGGAUGUACACAGGAACCCACCCGAGUCUCUGCUCACCAGGAGCUGAUGGCCGACACCUAGUCUGCUCACCUUGGCGAAACGCAUCCCAUAAUUCUCCAAGACUUGCCGGCAGGUGACCAAGGGAGACAUUCUGGAAACGAGUUAUAGUCGAGGACAACCUGGGUAAGAGUUCCACCUGUCAAUUUUCAUUCUGAAGCCAGACACCAUGGUGUACAAACACGUGGCGCUGUGGACUGUCCCCACCUGGCGAAGCCUCCUGUCCUUCCUUCUGGUGACUUCCAUGACUGUCAGUGUUACAACAGGGGAGACAACUUGCAAGUGGACGCGGCUGAAGGACACCGCCACUGACGUCAGCGGCGCCGCGAGCGUCAAGAGCGUGACGAGUGUCACCAGGUGUCGCGACUACUGCACCAGUGACGCGGCCUGCGUCGCCUUUGCUUACGGCAACCGCACCUGCUACACAUUCCACCGCGUGCUGCCUCCCAGACUCCACCAGCGGCGCUGGUACUACUACUCCAAGGAGUGCACUACAGUGCCAAGGACAACACCCGCCUUCCUGCCUGCCGUGGACUCAGAGAAGCUUUCGUGCACCUGGAAUGAAAUACGUAACAGCGCAGCAGACGAGAGCAAAGCAGCAGACAGGUUCUACUUCCAGUCUCUCUUCCAGUGCUGGGCCUACUGUGAUGCAGACAGCAGGUGUCUGGUGGCCACCUUUAAUUCCCCGGUGUGUCAGGUCUACUACGUCACUGUCCCACCUGUCCACUCAGUCGGCACGACCUACCUGGCAAAGUCUUGCAAAGAUACAGAGAUGGCAGACGUGGCGCCGCCAGUCACAUCAGCCCCCUCAUCAACAACGGCUCUCUCAGAUGAGUCUACUUUACUGACAUCGGUUCCCUUGGCGACAUCCGCUGAGUUUACUGCCUCUGUAGUUAAAGAAGAACCUGAAGAAAAGCCGCCUUGUACCUGGAUCCGGGUGGACGACAGUUCCGCUGGCGACAAAAGCGCUGCAGCAGUGAAAUAUUUGGUCAGUCGAGAGGAAUGCCAACAGUAUUGUGACGAGUACCCUGGGUGCGAGGUUGUUGUGUACAAACCUCUGGCGUGCCGUAUAUUUGAAGACGGUGUUGAACCAGUCGAUGAUGUUGGCUGGACAUUUCUUAGAAAGUCUUGCAGAGAAGCGAAGCCGAACACGCUGACUGGCGAGGUUGGUACAGGAACAGCGAGCGAACCUGAGAAUGAAACCAGUGAGCCCGAAACACAACCUCCGACUGAGCCUGACACAGAAUCACCGAUUGAACCUGUAACACAAUCACCGACUGAGCCUGAAACAGAAUCACCGAUUGAACCUGUAACACAAUCGCCGACUGAGCCUGAGAAUGGAAGGACGAGUGAACCUAAAACAGACGAUUCUGAGCCUGACACAGAAACAGAGACGUCGUCUACAGAGCCUGCGCCAUCUUGUGCGUGGAUCGAGGUGCCAGACACGUCCGGGGGUCAAAGUGCACCUACUGACACGGUCUACUUUUUCUCUCAAGAAGAGUGCACCGGAUAUUGCGACGCCAUGCCGGCCUGUGUCGUGGCCGUGUUUAACUCCCCUGUCUGUCGGAUUUUCAGUUAUGACGUCACGCCAGUUGAUGACGUAGGCUGGACUUACCUGAAAAAGUAUUGUACUCCUGCAGCCGACACUUCAACGGCUUUCGUGCCCUCCACCACGCAGCUUUGCACGUGGACGGAAGUGCAAGAGAGGUCAGCCAAACAGGUUCGGGAAGUGGACACUGAUUCCGUCUCCUCUCUAGAAGAGUGCCAGGAAUCCUGUCGUCGGGACAGUAGUUGUGAGGCCGUCCUCUUCAACCCGCCGUUGUGUCGGAAAGUGUUUGGGGCGACACCAGUCGAUGAGCCGGGGUGGGAGUACCUUAAAAAGACCUGUGUCACGACAGACACUCCACCAUGGACGCUGGCUACCUCUACAUCAUCGUCAGACAACAACGAAAUCGAGGCCAACGCAGAAACAGUGUCUCCAUCAGUGUCUUCAGCUGUAAACACCUGGACUGACACAGAACCCGCUACAGUGCCGCUGUAUUGCACGUGGAUGGAACUGCCGGACACAUCGGUGGCAGAAGGUCCACCCACCAACACGACCUUUGUCCUCUCGCAAGAAGAGUGCACUGAGUACUGCGACUCUCUACCUGCGUGUGUCGUGGCCGUGUUCAACGCACCCGAGUGCCGCGUCUUUGAUCAUGUCGUCACGCCAGUUGAUGACGUAGGCUCGGUUUACCUGCAAAAGUUUUGUGCCUCUACAGAGAACAUGACUGUAGACUUCCCAACCUCGAUGGAGCCUUCAGUCACACCUGAGGACAACCCAGCAGACUAUGUCCUGGCAGAGACAUCAGCUUUGUCAGACUCGUCAACAUCGGCAGCACCAGCAACAGCAGCGCCGUGCACGUGGGAGGAGCUGGCCGACACGUCAGUCGACGACAGUGUGUUGGUGGAGACCCUGUACUCCCCCUCCCUGGCCCGGUGCAAGGCGCUGUGUGAGGCGGACAGCACGUGCACUGUCGUCAUCUUCAGCAGCUCCGUGUGCCGCAAGUUUCAUGACGUCACACCGCGUGCUGACGACGGCUGGACCUACCUGAGAAAGUCCUGUCCACCUGACAGGAUUUCGUUACGCAGAGUCCGUGUGGACGAUGGGGGUCAAUGACUUCAGUCAUCGCAGAUGAAGUAGCUGAUGUUGAUGCCACUUUGCCGGGACUCAGCCUGUUUCAGCCCGUUUUCCUCCCCUUUCUUCUCUUCCUCUCCUCUCCAUCUUUAUUUGUCCUUUCCCACUGCUGGCUGCUCUCUCUGUAUAAUCCCGUUUUAACCAUGGAGUUGUUACCAGCAGUCUUCCUUUACUGAUUGUGUAUUGCAUAUACAUGUAUUGUAUUAUUUUAUAUAUCUGUAUUAUAACCUGCCAGAUAUUCAUAUAAUUAUUUUACCAUUAAAAUGUAAAAAAGGGGAACAUCAAGUAGAUGCUGCGUGUCAGACUUUAUACACGUGCUUCACGUGACACAUCACGCGCUCUUGCUGAUGUGCAAAUGGAACUUUUGAACAGCGACAACCUACACUAAUGAUUGUCUUAUUGUCAUACACUACAUACACUAAUGAUUGUCUUAUUGUCAUACACUACAUACACUAGUGAUUAUCUUCUUGUCAUACACUACAUACACUAGUGAUUGUUUUAUAAGCUGUGUACACUAAUGAUUGUCUUCUUGCCAUACGGCACACAGACUAGUGAUUGUCUUAUACUCAUAGGCUAUGUACACUAAUGAUUGUCUUAUUGUCAUACACUACAUACACUAGUGAUUGUCUUAUAAGCUGUGUACACUACUGAUUGUCUUAUUGUCAUACACUACAUACACUAAUAUUGUCUUCUUGUCAUACGCCUGCAUAAGAGUAUGUCUGCAGUUUGGAAUCCACACCACCGACACAAAACCAAUCACACUGAACACAAAAAUAUUCCAGGUGGACUAAGAAGAAAACAAUGACCCCAUCCAUGUACCUAAAGUACAUAUGUUUAUAUGUAAGGACAGUUGGGAGGGACUAAAAUUCAAGGGAUUACUUGAGCCUUACAGGGUUAGUGAUUAUUCCCUCGGCAGUGUGGCAGUGGAUGUGGCAGUGGAUGUAGCUGUGGCUGUGGCUGUGACUGUGGAUGUGGUUGCCUCGUGUAGUCCAGCCACACACUUGUCUGUAUAAAACAAUGUACUGUUGACAUCUAUGGGUUUCACAGAAUUGACCACAAAAGAGAUUAAUUAAUUUUGUCUCAUCAACUGAUGUUGGUGAACAGUUCACUACCAUUGUUGUAUUUUUUUCUACUUUUAUGUGGGGUAGAUGGGGUGGAUGGGUGUUCUUAUGGUCAUUUGUUGGCAGGAAACAGUAAAGAUCAAAAUAAGUCUGGUGUGGUGCCAUCGCAGAUAUCUGCAAUGCCUUGUGUACCUUUUGUUGUUUCAAAAAUACCUUUUUUCCACUAAUAGCAUAAUACACAAAUAUAAUUGAUAUUAAAUAUUUAUUUUUAAAAUACUUACCAUUCAUAUAUCUGUGGAGUAUUUGUACAGCUGUUUAUGUACUAUACUUCUGUCUGCAUACAGGAUCCCAUGCGCAAUAAAAUGAUUUGCUUACUAUGAA